GCGCGGAGCUGCCGCGGCUUGGGAGCUCUGAGAGCUCGCGGUGCUGCUGCGAGGGGGGGACCUGUGGCUGCUGCUGGAGCAUCUCCGGAGGGGGGAGCAGUGGAUGCAGGUGCAGCAGCCCGUGCUUGGUGCCGCCUUUGUUUCGUGCUGGGACCCUCCCGUCGCUAUGAGCGCCUCUCCCUCCAGAGUGAUCCCCCUGCUGCUGGGGGCCGCGAUGCUGUGGGGGCCGAGCUGCCUCUCCCUGCGAGUCCUCAGCGGUCAAAAAGUGUGUUAUGGAGAUAUCAAGCGUCCCUGUUACAAGAUAGCCUACUUCCAGGACUUGUCAAGACGUGUUGGCUUUCAGGAGGCCCGUCAUGCCUGUGAAAUCGAUGGUGGUGUGCUUUUAAGUCUGGAAAGUGAAGCUGAACAGAAGCUCAUAGAAAACAUGUUACAAAACCUCACUAAGUCGGGCUCUGGGAUUUCUGAUGGUGACUUCUGGAUUGGAUUGUGGAGAAGCGGAGAGGGACAAGCAACAUCGAGUGCUUGCCCUGAGCUCUACCAAUGGACUGAUGGAACCGUUUCAUCAUUCAGAAAUUGGUAUACAGAUGAGCCUUCCUGUGGAAGUGAAGCUUGUGUUGUGAUGUAUCAUCAACCAACUGCAAACCCUGGCCUUGGGGGGCCUUACCUUUACCAGUGGAAUGACGACAGAUGCAACAUGAAGCACAAUUUUAUCUGCAAGUAUAGUCCAGAUAAUGUCCUAGAAAAAGAACUAGGCGACAGAACAGACACAGAUUAUGAGGUUUUUCCAUCAGUGACAGCAGGAAAGCCUUAUGAUGAAAACAAACCAGAAGAUAAUUCUCAUGUAGUUGUUACUGAAACAGGUAUAAUUCCAAAUUUAAUUUAUGUUGUUAUACCAACCAUACCACUGCUGUUGUUGAUAUUAGUGGCUUUUGGUACUUGCUGUUUCCAGAUGCUACACAAAAGUAAAGGAAGAACAAAAACCAGCCCAAACCAGUCCACAUUAUGGAUUUCAAAGAACCCCAGGAAGGACAGUACCAUGGAGGUAUAACAAUUUAAUGACUGAACACAAAGCAAAAAUAAUAUUUUACAGUCAGGCUCUAUUAUAAUGUCAUCUCAGCACAUUAGCUUGGAAUGGCUUGAGACUGCAAUGGAUCAGCAAGAUGAACUGUAAGCUCCCCCUUGAGGCAACUAUUCAGAUCAUUUUUGUAUGUAACAUUUGAUUAUUAAUUAAAUGAACCAUGUCAUGCUAAAGAAAGAAAGAGGAUGUGUCUAUUUUGCUAAGGGAAGUAACUCGGUUACAACUGAGCAGGGGAAUGGACAAUGCAUUUGAAGUUUAU